CUGGGGGAUUCAGUGGAUAUUGGGAAACUUGUCACCAAAAAAGAAAUGAAGCAAACAAGGUUGCAGUGUGAUGAAGAGUGUUUGGCUUUGGAAAGAAACAGACGUCUGGCAGAGGCCCUGAAUAUAACUGAAAAUUCAGAUCCCUUUAAUACUCGUUCUGCAACAAAGUACAGUGACAGCUUGAAAGACGAUGCCAGAAAAGAUCUGAAGUUUGUUUCUGAGAUCGAGAGGGAAAUAAAAGCACUCGUGGAUGCUGUAAACAAGGGAAAGCAAACCAAAAAAAGUCAUUGUUUCCCCCCAAUGAACAGAGACCAUCGUAAGAUUAUCCAUGACCUAGCAGAGGUUUAUGGAGUUGAGAGUGUGAGCUAUGACAGCGAACCCAAGCGCAAUGUUGUCAUCACUGCUGUAAAAGGAAAAUCAGCAUGCCCAAAUAUCUCCCUCAUGACUGUAUUGGAAAGAGAAAUCCAGGCCAAACCACCUCCGCCUAUUGCUCACUACAGACAUCUGCCUGACAGGAAUGGAGGAAGCGGUGGCACGCAGAAAGCACCAAGAGAAGAACCUGUAAUAGACUACUUUGAUGUGCAAGAUUAA